AUGUCGACUGAAAUCAACUUAGCAAGUACCGUUAUAAUACCAACAACAACAAUAACAGAAACAGUAACAAUCACAGCAUGUUUGUCUACGACCACUGUUACUAAUUCGACUACGUCAGUACCAGCAACAUCACCAGCACCACCAUCGACGACAACAACAACAACUACAACUACAACGAAUUCAACUAAUAGCAAUAACAAUAAUAUUAAUAUUAAUAAUAAUAAUAAUAUUAAUAAUAAUAAUAAUAAUAUUAAUAAUAAUAAUAAUAGCAGUUCAUUAAAACAACUCAAGAAUAGCCUUUAUCUUGAUUUAUCCUCAACAAAUUCAUCGUUGAAAAAACAAAAUAAAAUCGACAAUAAUGAUUUGUUGAAUUUUAUAAAAUCGUCACCGAAUUUCGAGAAAAUCUUUUCACAAGGUUUUCGAUGCUCAUCGUUAUUUGGUGUAUUUUUUUUAGCAGCGUCAGCAACACCGACACCAACACCAACAAAAUUAUUGUAUCCGACUGAAGUGUCAUUGGCACAAAGGCAAUAUGCCCAAGGAUUUAUUGAUGCAUUAACACAAGUACAACAAUUAAACGGUUUUGUACCGACACCGACUUUAUUAAAUUCACCUAGUUUCCUUGCUCCUCUUCUACAGUCAUCAACAUCGUCUGAUUCGACCGUUUCAGAUGUUGCGAAAUCCAUUUCAAGUCCAGUUCUCACCUCGCCUACUAAAGAAUCAUUCUCGGUUAUAAUGCAAGCAGCAAUGAAUGGUAUGGGAACACUUGGUGGUUAUGGUUUUCCUCAAUUAGCACCUAAUCUCACCUAUGCAACACCACAUUCCGUUGUUGCGCAUUCACCAACAACAUUACCAUCAACAAGCGCAUUAUCAAAUAAUAAUAUAAAUAGUGGAAGUGGUCGAAAUGAAAUCGUUGUGCCAAAUACAACCGGUAUAAAUCUUGGUGUCGGUUCCAGUGGUACCAUUAUAGAUGAAAUUAAAGAGAUGUCUUAUGAAUUAUAUGCAGCAACAACCGAAAGCAAUAAUGACGUUGAUACGAACUCAUCGAUACGAUCGAAUGGUAGUCCACGAAGUCAGGAAGAGAUGCUCUCGUCAUUCCCUAGUGAUUCAUUUGAUGUGAUCGAUCAGGAAAGAAAAAAAUUGGAAAGGAAAAGGGCACGAAAUCGUAUGGCUGCAACAAAAUGUCGUCAAAGGAAGCUGCAAAAGAUUUCAGAACUCGAGAAACAGGUAUGUGAAGAAAAGUCGACAGGUAAUAGACUUUCGCAUGAAUUAAAACUUCUUGAAGCAUCAGUCGCUCAACUUCGACAAACACUUCACGAACACCGUACACGUGGUUGUGUGAUUUCUACAAAAUAA